AUGCGGAUCAUGUUGCAGGAUGGACGCACGUUCGUCGGCUAUUUUAGGGCCUUCGACAAGCACAUGAACCUGCUGCUCACCGAUUGCGAGGAGUUCCGCAGCAUCAGGAAGGCCGGCAAGAAGGCCGACGGUGAAGAGAAGCGGAUGCUGGGACUCGUCCUUCUUCGAGGCGAGCACAUCGUCUCAUUGACGGCCAAGCCCGCCGGACGUGGCAUGCCGAUCGCCCCUACUGGACCCGCUGCUCCGGCUGGACUUAGUGGACCCACCAUGCCGCCCAAGAAGGCCGUCGAGGAGCCGCCGCCACUUAUCGGCCGCCUGGGCACCAACUUGAAGGUCGGUAUUCUGGGUCUGCCCAACGUGGGCAAAAGCACGUUCUUCAACGUGCUCACGAAGAGCGAGGCCCAGGCCGAGAAUUUCCCCUUCUGCACCAUCGACCCCAACGAGAGCAGGGUCCCGGUCGCCGAUCCACGAUUUGAUUGGCUUGUCAACUUCUUCAAGCCUGCCAGCAAGGUCCCCGCCUUCCUGAACGUCACCGAUAUUGCUGGACUUGUGAAAGGUGCUUCUGAGGGCCAAGGACUCGGAAAUGCUUUCCUGUCCCACGUCUCGGCUUGCGAUGCACUUUUCCAUCUGUGCCGAGCAUUCGAUGAUGACGACAUCACGCACGUCGAAGGCGAGAUCAACCCGGUCCGAGAUUUGGAUAUCAUCUCCGACGAAUUGCGCCUGAAGGAUCUACAGUAUUUGGACGGCUCUGUCAAGAAGCUGGAGACGCUAGUUGUGCGGGCAAACGACAAGACCAAGAAGCUCGAAUACGACACGCUACUCAAGGUCCAAAAGAUGCUCACCGAAGAGAAGACGCCGGUGCGGAAAGCGGCCUGGAACGAGAAGGAGAUCGAGAUCCUGAACAAGCAUCUGUUCCUCACGGCAAAGCCGAUCGUCUACCUGGUCAACUUGAGUGAAGCUGAUUACAUCCGGAAGAAGAACAAAUGGCUGCCGAAAAUCAAGGCCUGGAUCGACGAGAAUGACCCCGCCGCCAAGCUGAUCCCGUUCUCAGGCGCUUUUGAACUAAAGAGCAUCGAGAUGCCGGAGGAUGAGCGCGAGAAGUUCUACAAGGAAGUGGGCGCCACGUCGAAUCUCGACAAGAUUGUGCACACCGGAUACGAGGCCCUCCAACUCCAGUACUUCUUCACGGCCGGAGAGGAUGAAGUCAAGUGCUGGACAAUUCAGAAGGGCACAAAGGCGCCACAGGCUGCCGGACGAAUCCACACCGACUUCGAGAAGGGCUUCAUCAUGGCCGAGGUGAUGAAGGUGGCCGAUCUUAUGGAAGAGGGCUCGGAAGCAAAGGUGAAAGCCGCCGGCAAAUACCGGCAACAAGGCCGAAACUACACCUGCGAAGACGGUGACAUCAUCUUCUUCAAGUUCAACGCCGGCGCCGGUCUGACGGGCAAGAAGAAA